ACCGUUAGUGCGCGCUUAUGACGUAAUUUCCACGUACAGUAACCUCAAUGAACCCAUCAGCAGUCUACCCUCCAUCUUCUGCUUACCCGGCCCCGCUUCCGCCCGGUUGGGAGAUGAGAUACGAUCCUACUACUGCACGCUACUUUUUUGUUGAUCACAAUUCACAGACUACUACAUGGCACGAUCCACGACUAACUCCUUAUCCUACUGCAGUAUAUCCAUCUCAAUGGCAAGAUAGACAACCAGUGCAAUCAUUUAUACCACAACAGCAGACAAAUUUUGUAGCGAGUAGUGCUGUUACUGAUGGUUAUACAUCACCAUCUGGAGUUAGGGGUACCAAUGAUGUCCAGGUGCAGGUGCAUCGGAGUGAAGAGAUCACGACUGCAUGCAGUCAGAAGUUGGAAUCAAUCAGAUGGUUGGAACAGGCUGCUAUUCGAUUACAGCCUGAGAUACAAGUGUUUCAUGGUAGGAAAGAAGACCGGGAGUAUGCCCGCAUUGAAGAGCUUCUUACACGUACACUACUUGACCUCGACAAAAUAGAUACAGAAGGCAAUGAGCAACUUCGACAUGUAAGGAAGUGUGCUGUCAACAAUGUACAGUCACUGUUAUCUAGUUUAGACGAAAAAGUGAAGUAAAUGUGAAGAAUGACGACUAUGCAGUAGCCCGUUAAUUGUCAUUCAUUGCUCUUACAUAGAUUGUGGAAACUGAUUGAAAGCCAUUUGAUUUUAUAAUGUGUAUAAUACAAUAAUGAUGGCAUAUUUGAAACAGAAACAACAUUUCACUUUCAUCCAGGUAGAGAUCGAACAACAAUCAGGAUGGUGUCUUC